CUGCGGCUGCGCAGACGAGGAUUCCGGCGUCGCGUGAGGAAAGUGGUGUCAGCCUCAGGAGAGGCGAGUGAGCGACCAUGCCGAAAGCCAAGCAGAAGCAGCGGCGGCGAAAGUAUAACUACAACAUCAACCGCAAGAAGUUGAACAAAGCUGCCCGGAAGAAAUCGGCACCCCGCAUAAAAUGUUCCCAAAUACGACAUGCCUGGGAUCGGUCCAAAACAGUAUCGCAGAACUUGGCUGAAAUGGGUUUGGCUGUUGAUCCAAACAAAGCUGUUCCCAUUCGAAAGGGGAUGAAAAUGGACGUGGAUGGCCAAGAAACCAAGACAAAAAUAGUGCGAAAGCCAUAUGUAAUAAAUGAGUUGGAAUAUGAGGCCAGCCUUCCUGAGAAGAAAUCAGAGACCCUCUCCAAAGAUCUUAUUGACUAUGUCCAGCACAUGAUCCGGAAUUAUGGCGAAAAUUUCAAGAAAAUGGCUCGUGAUGAGAAAAACUAUUACCAGGACACACCAAAGCAAAUAAAGAGGAAGAUCAAUGUGUACAAACGCUUCUAUCCUGAAGAGUACCAAGCAUUCAUUGAUUCUCUAAAACAGGAGAAGAUGGAUGAGCAGUGAUUUUACUUGCCAGUUAUUGAUAGCGGAACCUUUACUACCUACAACUGUUUUACUUCAGAUGCCACUUCUGGUGACUAGUGCCCAAUAAUUGAAAUUGGGAUUAGAUACCAUUCUGUCCUUUCAGGAGAGAAGAUGGGAAAAGUGUCUGUGCAGAUGAGACUUGUGGUAAUAAUUUGGGACUGGUGGAGAAUCCUUGCUGCUCUGCAUUUACAGCUUUCAUGUUCUUGCAGUAUAAUUUCCUUUGGAGUGAUCCUGGUUGAAAUAAACAACUUUUCCAA